AUGGAUACCAAUGAUCUAGCAACCUUGGAAUCGCCACCUGCAUCGGAGUCAUACAACUCUCAGUCUCAAGAUUUCUGUCCUGCUGAGCAGUCAAUGCUUAGAAGCCAUUCGACUGUAUUGCAACAUGUUAUCAUGCCUCAAACGAAUCAAACCAACGUGUAUCAGCCUCCUGUAGUCAUUGUUGUUACGGAUCCAAAUACCAGUAUUAUGUCCAACCAAGACUUGUUACAGUUGAUUUCCACUAGACUUCCUGAAUGUACUCCAUUGAUGCAGUCAUCGACUAUCUAUCGUAUAUCUGCAGAUCAAAGGAUCAAUAUUCCAAAACCAACUUCACAAACAAUAUCAGUUAAUGCACAAUCAACUACUCCACUUCAUGAAAAGCCCUAUUUUAAUUCAAAAAAUAACCUAUAA